GAGGCAGGAAGGUGGGGGGCACGUUUGAGGAACCACCAUGAAGUUUACCUUUAGCUGGGUUUUAAGCUUUUAGUUCUUCUGUCUCUGAUGCCGUCCUAUUUUAUUUGUCCAUGCCAAACCACGGUUGAACCUGCUCCCUGGGGAGUGCAGGUGUUGGGGCCUAACCACUGGACCUCCAGGGAAUUCCUGCCAUUCUAUUUUAUAUCCCUCACAUGUUCUUUGAGAAACUACAUUACACUGGAAGGCCCUGCUAGUUUUCUGUUUAAUCCCUAGCUAGUACCAGCGAAAAUUAUUCCCUAAUUUUGUAAAUUAGAUAUUUCCAUCUGGGAGGGUUUCUAAAAGAAAAAUUAUAACAAUUUUCCUACCCAGUGUCUCCUGGCUUUUGCUUGGAAUACAUAUAUUUUUUAAAGGAGAACUCUGUAAAGACUACUGCAUUUUACUCCAGGAUGGUACUGUAGUACCCCCUGAGUUUAACUAACCAACAACAGUGUAUUAAGCAGUGACUAAGAAGACAUAGCUCUGCCCUUAUAGAGGUAGUAGGUUGGGGACGGAGAACAGACAUUGGACAGGUGAUGAGGUAUAGGAACGGAACACACAGGGCACCAUGGGAAGAUGUAACUGCAGAUCCCAAAAUAGAUUGGGGAGAGUUGGCCAGAGAAGGCCUCCCUGAAUGAACAAGGUUUAAGCUGAGUUUCGAGGAAUGAGAAGGUUAUUAAGUGAAGGGGGAGAAGAACAAUACAGGAGGAAGGAAACAGCAUGUGAAAAGUCUCACUCAUGGGGAGAGCAUGAUCAAGGAGCUAAGUGGUGUGACUACAGAAUGUACACGGUUGAAAGUGGAGUUGGAAAGCCCCUCUAGGUAUAAGCCAGACCUAAAGAGCAGGAUGGAUCUUGACGUGGUUAACAUGUUUGUGAUCGCGGGCGGGACGCUGGCCCUUCCGAUCCUGGCAUUUGUAGCCUCAUUUCUCCUGUGGCCUUCAGCCCUGAUAAGAAUCUAUUACUGGUACUGGCGGAGGACGCUGGGCAUGCAGGUCCGCUAUGUGCGCCACGAAGACUAUCAGUUCUGCUACUCCUUCCGCGGCAGGCCCAGCCACAAACCUUCCGUCCUCAUGCUCCACGGGUUCUCUGCCCACAAAGACAUGUGGCUCAGCAUGGUCAAGUUCCUCCCGAAGAACCUGCACCUGGUCUGCGUGGACAUGCCAGGACAUGAGGGCACCACCCGCUCCUCACUGGAUGACCUGUCCAUAGAUGGGCAAGUCAAGAGGAUACACCAGUUUGUAGAAUGCCUCAAGCUGAACAAAAAGCCUUUCCACCUGGUGGGCACCUCCAUGGGCGGCCAUGUGGCUGGGGUGUAUGCUGCUCACUACCCGUCAGACGUCUGCAGCCUGUCCCUCGUGUGCCCUGCUGGUCUGCAGUACUCAACUGAUAAUAAAUUUGUGCAACGGCUCAAGGAACUGCAGGAGUCGGCCGCCGUAGAGAAGAUCCCCUUGAUCCCGACCACCCCGGAGGAGAUGAGUGAGAUGCUGCAGCUAUGCUCCUACGUGCGCUUCAAGGUGCCCCAGCAGAUCCUGCAGGGCCUUGUCGACGUCCGCAUCCCUCACAACACCUUCUACCGAAAGCUGUUUUUGGAAAUCGUCAGUGAGAAGUCGAGAUACUCCCUCCAUCAGAACAUGGACAAGAUUAAGGUCCCUACGCAGAUCAUCUGGGGGAAACAAGACCAGGUGCUCGAUGUGUCCGGGGCAGACGUGUUGGCCAAGUCAAUCGCCAACUCCCAGGUGGAGCUCCUGGAAAACUGUGGCCACUCGGUGGUGAUGGAGAGGCCCAGGAAGACAGCCAAGCUCCUUGUCGACUUCUUAGCUUCUGUACACAACACAGACAAUAGCAAGAAGCUGGACUGAGGCCCCGGCCGCAGCCUGAGCUCCACACCCAGCCUCCACUCCCGUCUCCAGAACCUGUCACAGCCACCACUUCUCAGGGACCCUGCCCCAAAUGCGGAGGGAGCGCCCCUGUCCCUGAGGAAGCCGGCCCCGGCUCCAGCCCUGGUCUCUCUAGAUCCACAGAGCCUCAGGGGCCGUGAAGAAAUCUCCAAGAUGUUUUUUCACAAAAUGAAAAUUCACAUGGAACAAUAAAAGAAAACCUAUCCAUGAAAUCUACCCAGAAGUCUUCACAUUUAUGUUGCAGAGUGCCCACAUUGGACCACUGAGGACAUUUCCUUUAAGAUGUUCCUCACAGACUGAGAUUCCAGGUGUUUCUGUUGUUCAGACAUUCUCCUGUGCAUAGUCAGUGGCUCUUUUAGGAGCAUUAGCCCCCUCUUCGCAGAGCCCCUUGUUUAUGUCUGAUUUAAGUUUUAUGUCCCAUGUGUGACUGCCGCCCAUCAACUGCAGGACCGUGGAGGAACACCGCAGGCUGGAGGAAGUACACACGCAGAAGACACGGCCUGCCUCAGCCAGCUUGCAGAGCAGCAGAGAACACAGCUGGCUGAUUUGCCCGGCACCCUGGGUCCGGUUAUGUCUCACGUGAGCCUGGGUAGUGCAGUACAGAGAUUCCCUGGCCGGGGGGGUCCCUAGGAAUAAUUUAUUAUUAAAAAAACAACACAAGACUAAUAAAGCAAUAAUAUUCUAGACAUCUAUCUAAAUAGUCAGACUCGGGUUCCACUCCAAAGCACCUCUUUUCUAUCUUGCUGUGCUACUGAAAAACCUUUGGAUGUUUGUUAAUGAAUUCUGUGAAUUCUGUGAACAAUAGUGUAAUUGAAAAUAAAUCUCAACUGCUGUAAAAGUGACCACAAUGACAUGAAAUAAAUGUAAUAAGUCUAGAUCAGCAACAUAAAA